CUUAAAGAGCGGAGACAGGAUCCUGGGCCACCACCAAAGUCCAAUCCUAUUCUUGUUGCGCUUGGAAAUCUGACUGGAGACCAAUAUGUUAUCAGAACUAUUGAAAAAAUAAGGUCUUCAGAAUUAGAAAGAAGCAUUAUUGAUUUUGCCAUUUGCUAA